ACUGCAAACCUACUGCAUGCAAGAUCAAGAAAAAAGAAUUGCAACAACUGACUGAAGCUAUGAUCUCCACAUUACAGAAAACCAUAAGACCAGUGUGGGCUGUCAGAGGACUGCAUACGCCCGCAGUGGAAGCCUUGCAGCGCCCGGCCCCCGAGGACACAGUCACAGCCAGCUAUGGGAGGUUCAUCAGUCAAGUAAAGCUCCAGCACUUGUCCUCUGUCGUGCUCCACCGCAGUAAAAGGAUGGUGCUAGACAGCAUUGGAGUUGGUCUGAUUGGCAGCACUACAGACGUGUUUGAGCUGGCCCUGGAGCACUGUCAGCACAUGUAUGGUCCUGAUGACAUCAGCUCUGUGUACGGCCGCCAGGGUACCAGACUCUCCCCGACACUUGCAGCUUUUGUCAAUGGAGUGGCUACUCACUCCAUGGACUUUGAUGAUACAUGGCACCCUGCCACUCAUCCCUCAGGAGCAGUCCUUCCUGCUGUGUUAGCUCUCAGUGACAUGAUGCCUGCUAACAGCAAACCUAGUGGUCUGGAUUUCCUGCUGGCAUUCAACAUCGGCAUUGAGAUCCAGGGCAGAUUGAUGAGGUUCUCUACUGAGGCCCACAACAUCCCCAAGAGGUUUCACCCUCCCAGUGUGGUGGGGACCAUGGGAAGUGCGGCCGCAUGUGCUCGCCUCUUGUCUUUGGAUCACUCCCAUUGCAGUCAUGCCUUGGCUAUAGCUGCUUCUCUAUCAGGAGCCCCAAUGGCUAAUGCAGCCACUCAGUCUAAACCGCUCCACAUCGGUAAUGCCUCACGUUUGGGGCUGGAGGCUGCUCUGCUGGCCUCCCGAGGCCUAGAAGCGAGUCCCCUGGUCCUGGAUGCUGUCGCUGGUGUAGCUGGCUUCAAUGCUUUUUAUGAAGACUAUGUGCCGCAGCCUUUAGGAUCACCCAACGAUGACGGCCAUAUGUUCCUGCUGGAGGAGCAAGACAUUGGCUUCAAGCGCUUCCCUGCCCAUCUGGGGAUGCAUUGGGUGGCAGAUGCUGCAGCCUCGGUCCAUAAGCUUGUUGUGGGGCUUGGCCCUGGCACUGUUUCUCCAGCUAUAGUCCAAGAAAUCCUGCUCAGAGUACCCAAAUCAAAGUACAUUGACAGGCCAUUCCCUGACUCUGAGCAUGAGGCCCGUCACUCCUUCCAAUUCAAUGCUUGCAGCGCUCUCCUGGAUGGGGAGGUGACUGUGCAGUCCUUCUCACCCGCUGCCAUUAGACGCCCUGACCUGCACGCUCUGCUGAGCCGUGUUCACGUUGAGCAUCCCCAAGACAACCCAGCUAAUUUCAACAGCAUGUAUGGCGAAAUCCAGGUGACACUUGUUGGGGGUGACAUUCUGAAGGGACGCUGUGACACCUUCUACGGUCACUGGCGCAACCCGCUGACCAAUGAGAGCCUGAGGAAGAAGUUCAGAAACAAUGCAGGGGCGGUGCUUCCCCCAGAGAAGGUUGAGAGGCUGAUUGGUGUGGUGGAGGAGCUGGACAGAUUUGGGGACUGCAAGGCCCUUCUCUCACAACUGUACUGA